CAGCAGCGUCUUGCGCAGUCCGGCCUCCCUGGCUCUCAUUACAGUUGGAGGAGGCAGGCGCUGCCGCAGCUGCGCUCGGUUAGUUAGUUGCCUUCCUUCCAGUAGGGGCGGACGCAGGCAGGCGCUGUGCGAGGAGGCUAGUAGGUUUACAUGCACGCACGAGACGCUCGCAUUGACUCACUCGUCCAAGCCAGGAGCACACACGCCGUACGAGCCUUUGCUGGGCACUCGGGGUUUCGUUCUCUCCAGCCCCACUUCGUGUGUUUGUUUUGUCAUUCAUACCUCCGCACUCCAAAGCCAGGAAAGGCACCGAGUCUGUGGGAUCUCCAAAAACGGCGUGACGAGGCCAUUUCAGGGGCUGCUAUGGUCCGAAUCAUUUGGCUGGAAAGGGACUACUAGAUUCCAGGGACAGUGGUAGUUUUGUGCCUUUGGGAAGCACUGGUGGACCGCCAGUUAGCUGAGAAUGAGGACAGCAGAGGAUUCCUCUGGGACUGUCCUUCACCGCCUCAUCCAGGAGCAACUGAGGUAUGGCAACCUGACAGAGAACCGUACACUCCUGGCAAUACAGCAGCAGGCCCUGCGUGGAGGAGGAAGCGGUGGUAGCCCACAGUCCUCUCUCGAAAGUCUCACUCAGGAAGAGACCCAGAUGGUUCAGCAAUCCACACGGCAGGAGCCACAAGGCCAGGAGCACCAUGGCGACCACCUGUAUCUGGAGAAUAACAUGUAUCGGCUCUACCAGCCUCAGCACAAGGGUGAGGAGCUCCCCACGUAUGAGGAGGCCAAAGCCCAUUCCCAGUAUUAUGCCUCACAGCGAGGACAACAGGCCGUGGUGGCCUUGCCUGGGGCACAGGCUGAAGGAGGACUGCGCAGGGCCUACGCCUCAGAGGCCAGCAGCACACACCAGGACGAAUCUCUGAAAGAGCUGAAGCGUGGACACGUGCGGUCGCUCAGCGAGCGGCUCCUGCAGAUGUCGCUUGAGAGGAAUGGAGCUAAAGCUCAGAACCACAUGAGUUCCUCUCAGAGCUAUCCCCAGCUUCCUAGGCACCACCAGCUCUCUGUCUCCAGGGGAAAGCCUUCUGAGGCCCCAGAGGCCCGUGGCCCUCCUCCAGAUUACCCCUACAUCAUCCCUUCGCAGGAGGCAUCCAGCAGCUACCUCCCAGACCCCAGGCACCACUACAGAGAAGGUCCAGGAUUUCAACACCCUGAAAUCAGGGUGAUGCAGGCCCAGAUGUCCCAAGCUUUCCUGCCACCACAGGCUGCACUGUGCCACAGCCCUCUGACAUCACUCACUUCAGCUGGGGUGGAGGCCCUUAUGUCAGCCCAGGCUGCUUCUGCCAGUAACCAUUUGUCUCAAAUGGAAGCUGUGUUGAUGGAGAACGAGAAGGUGUUGAGAGAGAAUGAGAAGCUUCAGAGGGAAAAUGAGAAGUUGCGGCGUGAACUGGAAAGCUAUGGUGAAAAGGCCAACCGGAUCCAAAAGUUGGAAACUGAGAUCCAGCGAAUUUCGGAGGAUUAUGAAAACCUAAUGAAAGCAUCUUCUAAGCGAGAGACAUUGGAGAAGGCCAUGAGGAACAAGAAGGAUGGGGAGAUGCGGCGGUUGCAGGACUUCAACCGAGAUCUGAAAGAGCGAUUGGAGUCUGCCAACAAGCAGCUAGCUAACCGGGCACAGGAAAACCAAGAAGGAAACCAAGGGACUAUGGCAAAACUUGUUGCCCAAAACUACGAGUACCAGCAAGAAAGGGAGAAGCUGCAGCAGGAAAUUGCACGGUUGCAUGGUGCCAACGAAGACCAGCGGCGGCGGGCAGAGCUGCUGGAACAAGCUCUGAGCAGUGCCCAGGCCCGGGCCGCCAAAAUGGAGGACGAGCUGCGGAAGAAGCGGGCGUACGUGGAGAAAGUGGAGAGGCUGCAGCAGGCGCUGGGCCAGCUCCAGGCAGCCUGCGAGAAGCGUGAGCAGCUGGAACUGCGUCUCCGCACUCGCCUAGAGCAGGAGCUGAAGAUGCUGCGGGCUCAGCAGAGACAGAUGGGAACACCUAGCGGUAGCUCCCCUAAGCUGAAUGCCCACGUGCUGUCUGAACAGCUGAGAGAAAGGGAAGAGAAGAUCCUAGCGCUGGAGGCUGAUAUGACCAAGUGGGAACAAAAGUACCUAGAGGAGUGCACCAUGAGGCAGUUUGCCAUGGAUGCUGCGGCCACCGCAGCGGCACAGCGGGACACCACCAUAAUCAACCACUCCCCGCGCCACUCCCCCAACAGCAGCUUUGACGAGGACCUUUUGCUGGCCAACCACAAGCACCAGGAGAUGGAGAACAGGUUAAAAACACUUCAUGCCCAAAUACUCGAGAAAGAUGCCGUCAUCAAAGUCUUGCAGCAGCGCUCUCGCAAGGACCCCAGUAAAGCUCAUCAGGGCUCCCUGCGACCUGCCAAAUCGGUGCCAUCCAUCUUCGCAGCAUCUGGCACCCAGAAUUGGCCAGGCACCUCUUCCAGUGAAAGUGGUUCCCGGGGGAGUCCAGCUCCCAAAGCCUUGGCAGAAGCCGCCGUCCCAUCGGCUUGUGUCCCCUUCCAUGCCAAACACGGCAGCAAAGAUGGGAGCACGCAAACGGAAGGUUUGCCCGAGAGCAGUCCGUGCGAAGAGCCAGAGCCCUGUCUGGAAAGCAGCAGCAGUGCAGCAAAUUCCCUCGAGAUGUUGCCGGCUGCUAAAGCCCUGGACCUGUCGGAUAUGGUGGAGAUUCUCAUCUGAGGACCAAGAAAUCCUCUGUGCUCAUGACCAGACUUAGCCACUGCUGCCUAACCAGGGGGAUGUGGGGGACAGUAACUGACCGAGAGAGCAAAGACUGAGGAACCCUUCAGCAAUGAGGAUCACCAGUGGAGAGCAGGGCAAAGGCAUUGCCAGAGGGGCUGGGGGAGAACGCCAAGCGGAUCAGCAGAUUUUGGCAUCUAAAGCCAUGACGGCAGUGCACCGCCACUUGGACUGUGAGUGUCCCACCGUCCCCAGACAGCCUUCUCUCCUCCUCCGUUGCCUCCUCCAAUGAACUGAGCAGCAGCUGGAGCACCGUGCAUUGAGGCUGGUGCUUGCAUAGCGGCCGCUGCUCCACCUCUUCUUCGCUGCUGGCUUGGGAAGCCAAAUGGAACUGCUGAUGCUGCCUGGGUGCUGCCCUACAGAGGGUCGCAUGCUGGGAUCUGGCACUGAAAGAGGUGAUAUGCCUGAUUCACUGGGCUCCUGGCAGGUACCUGGACCUGAAGUGUAAGCUGUCAUAAGCAAAGAGUGUUUUGCUUGGUGCUGGUGUGGUUAGAAUGAAUUCCGCACAGCCGCUCUUCACCCCAAAGUCCACUUCUGACAUCUCCCAAGCAGAGGGACUGCUGCAGAUACUGGAGAUUUCAAGCAGUCCCUUACUGUUGUCUGUGGGAUAGCACAUGGCCUGCCAUAGGUACUGGCGAAGGGGGAUUAAAGAGAUGGUGCCAUUUCUAUUUUUAUUGUAAAUAUCUUCUAUAAGAACAAGCCCAAUAGUAAUCAACAUUUCAGCCACAGUCCCUCUGUUCUGGCUUUUUCUAUCCCUUUCUCGUGUUUGCAGUGGAUCUGCCUGUUCUCUCUAUUCGCUCCACAUCACUUAAACUAUUCUGCCUUCCCCCACCCACCCCACCCGCAACUCCAGUGUUGUUUUCAGUUUUCUCUAGUGUUUGCUUUUCUUUUCCUCCAUUUCAUAUCCUGUUUGUCCAGAGCUAAAUAUCCGCCUUCAGAGUCCUUCAGAUUCCAUUUCCUUUGAAGCAAUUUCCCAUGAUGCUUCAGACUGGAAUUUCCCUGAGUGUUGUUUAAACUGCAGCCACGAGCCAAGUGUUUUUCUGCGUUGCCAUUUCCAAGCGGUCGUCUCCUAAACUGGAGACAUCCUCAUGCGGUAUAGAUCAGCACAGCUGUAUUGGGAUGAUAAACAGCUCCCAUCCUCAGGUGGUGUAAAUCUGGGGUCAUUCCAACUGUGGGCGAUCCCAUCUGGUCCAAAGCAAGAUCACGGUUGGACCUCUUAACUGACAUGAACAGUCGUUUAUGCAUAGAGCAAGUAAUGCGGAAAGUGAAUUGGAACUACUCCAAGACAAUGGGCAAAGAAUGAUGUAGUACGUAUGCGGGGUUGUGUUGAGUUUGUAUGUUUGUGAAGUGGGAAAUGUAGCCAACAGUUAGUCGUAUUCUUUUUCAAUAUAGAAGGGCAUUUGUGGGAAUGAUGUGAGUGAAUAUGGAGGUGCAAGACAAUUUUAUAUCCCCAAAUAUAUCUUUAAAAUACAACAACAGAGAAGCAAAUUUUGGAUAGGGUAUCGAUUGCAGACACAUCCCUUCUUUUUUUGGAAACACUCCAGAAUCCAGAGUCGAAUCUUUUUUACACUUCCCUGUCUACUGACAGCUGGCUUCUGACAGUAGCCAGUGUUAAGAUUCACGCAUUACUCACUCCUCCAAACCAUGGUGCUUUCUUGAUCCCGCCUUUCCCUGCCUUCAUCCCUGCUUCCAUAUCUGUUAAACAUGUGCAUUUGCCGGACAACUGCAUUUUAAAAAAAUCCCCCCUCCAUAAAUGUGUAAAAAGAUGUUCAGUGAUUGUGCAUUGUUUACAAAGUGAAAAAACAAAGCAAAAAAGUUAUGAGAGAGAAAGAAACACAGCUUAAUAUAUUUCAUAUUAAUAUUUGGUAUUCCUUUUUAAAUAUUUUUGUGCUGUGAACUUUUUUUUUCUGCCAAAGACAAUGAGGGGUGUUCUUUUUGUUUUGUUUUUGGUGCAUUUUAAGUUAUCUUAAGUAUUUAAACAUAAACCUGACUGUUUUAUUAUGCCGCCCUAUACCGAGAUUGCUGUAGCAUUCUACUUGGUAUAACAAUAUUUUA